CAAUACUAUAAAUGGUGGGUGUAUGACUGUUUGGAUAUUCAAUUUCUUUUUUACUCGUUAGUAUAUAUCAUGGAUGACAAAAGUAUGUCCAAAUAUAGUGAACACUAUUUUACGUUACAAGAGUUAAAUGACGCUGAGGUCAAAACCCUCAUACCCACCGUGGUCUUUCUGAUAUUUAUAUCAGUAACUGGGCUGGCUGGAAAUAGUUUAGCUCUUUACGUAUAUAAGACGAAAUUCACUUAUUCGAACAUCCAGUGCUUUCUGCUAUGUUUGAGCGCAUUAGACUUCUUUUCGUGCACCGUAGCAAUUCCUUUUGAAAUAUCAACAAUUCUUCAGCAGUAUACGUAUGAAAGUGGAUGGCGUUGUCAAUUGGCAAGGUUUUUCAACACAUUCAGUACUAAUUCGUCGGCAUUCCUUCUGGUAUUUAUUGCUUUUGAACGUUUCCGGAAAGUUUGUAAACCUCUCGAAUGGCAAAUAAAAACCACCGUGACAAUUGGACUGUGUAUUUCAUCAAUAGUACUUGGUAUUAUUGUCGCCUUACCCGCAAUAUUUGUAUACGGCAAACACACGUUCCAUAUACCGGAGGUCAAUCUUACCGGAAGUGAAUGCUCGGUGAUUAAUGGAGCUAAGGAGGCGUCACUUCCGUUUCUAUAUUUCCUUACGUUCGGUGUGCUAUUUGUGACAGCUACGGUAACAAUGACGAUUCUUUACUGCAUGAUUGGACAAAAACUUCGCAAACAAGCGGCAAAGAUAAACAAAACGCUUGGAAGGAGUGAUCUUCAACCGAAAGAGAGCGGAUGUCCUCAUUUGAAGGCUGCAGCCAAUAUGUUACGAGCAAGAAAAACGUCUUUUCUCAUGUUUCUUCUGACAAUUGCAUUCAUCUUAAGCUUUUUCCCUCACCUCGCCUUGGUUUCGAUACGGCUGACGAAGAAAGGAUUUGUUGAGGGCUUAUCGGAUAGGAACAAAGCUGUGUACAAAUUCUUCCUCCGGUCAUACUUCUUGAACUGUGCAAUAAAUCCUAUAAUAUACGGCGUAUGCGACCCUCGUUUCAAAAAUGCAGUGAAGGAAAUGCUUGCUCGCCGGUCGUGUAAGCAGUGCAAGUCAACCACACAAUUUAAUAAUAUAUAAAACUAAUAAAAGUUAG